GCUGCGCAGCAUCAGGGACCGAAGUGAUGGUUCCUGCCUCGCCAGAUGCUCCCAGCUGCGUCGCUCUGUCUUUACUGGCGCUAUUUUGUUAAAAUGGCACUUCUGCUAUGGCGGACGCUGCCGUCUCUUUCGCGAAGGACUUCUUGGCUGGCGGUGUGGCUGCUGCUGUCUCCAAAACUGCAGUGGCGCCUAUUGAUUAGUGAAGUUGCUGCUGUAGGUAACACGAGCAUCUCACGGAGGCGGGCGAUGCAGCGCUGCUGUUAUCCGGCCGCACUGAAAUGCAUGGCAGAGCUGCGGACUGUCCGCUGCAGAGUUUUAGUUGUACGUCUUCGGUUUGCAGUCUGGUACAACAUGCGAGCAAGCAGAUAAGUACAGCUAAACAGUACAAAGGGAUCAUCGACUGCAUGGUGAGGAUCCCCAAAGAGCAGGGAUUCGCCUCCUUCUGGCGCGGCAACCUGGCCAACAUCAUCCGCUACUUCCCCACGCAGGCCCUCAACUUUGCCUUCAAGGACAAGUACAGGCAGGUCUUCUUGGGCGGCGUGGAUAAGCACACGCAGUUCUGGCGCUAUUUCGGCGGGAGCCUGGCCUCGGGUGGCGCUGCGGGGGCUACCUCGCUCUGCUUCGUGUACCCGCUGGAUUUUGCCCGCACCCGCCUGGCAGCGGACGUGGGCAAGGCCGGGCCUUCCAGAGAGUUCAAUGGGCUCGCCGACUGCCUGGCCAAAAUUUUCAAGUCUGACGGCCUGCGAGGUCUAUACCAGGGAUUCAACGUGUCGGUACAGGGCAUCAUGAUAUACAGAGCUGCUUACUUCGGUAUCUAUGACACAGCUAAAGGUUUGCUCCCAGACCCCAAGAACACCCACAUGAUGGUGAGCUGGAUGAUCGCGCAGACGGUGACCGCUGUGGCGGGAGUGAUGUCAUACCCCUUCGACACUGUGAGGCGCCGUAUGAUGAUGCAGUCGGGCCUCAAAGGAGCCGAUAUUAUGUACACCGGCACGCUGGACUGCUGGCGAAAGAUCAGGCGGGACGAAGGCCACAAGGCAUUCUUCAAAGGCACCCUGUCCAACGUGCUCCGCGGGAUGGGCGGGGCCUUCGUGCUGGUUCUGUACGAUGAAUUCAAGAAGUUUGUCUGAUUGGACCUCACUUGUGUUAGCGGCUCGGAGUGAAGAGACUUAUGUGUAGGAAGUAAUGUUACCACUAAAGAUCCGUUAUGAGUUUACAAAACUUGUGGCAGAAGGCCUCAAACCGCUGACCUGCGAAAUGUCCUUUUCAUUUUGUAUGUUCUAACAUUUUUCGCACAUUUUGACCAUAUAUGUGUCUUAAUUUUAAACAUGGGCAUUCUGAGAUAAUAAACAUUUUAAACAGUA